UCUCCACGCGCGUGCAGACGCCCGCCCAGACAUGCCGUCCGCCCGCCUACUGCCGGCCGCUCUGCUGCUGAUGCUGCUCUGUAUGGUCAGCAGCGGGCAAGCGGACGAUUCACGCACCAGGCGGCAAACCGCCGACGCCGACGACGCAGACGGCGCGACGAACGCGACGCGCGACCGGUCGGACGACUCGCGCGGCCUGUUCAAGGACCUGGUGAACGGGGCGCUCUACCUGGCCGGCACGCGCGUGCUCGGCGCCAACGUGACGGACGCGCUGGUGCCGAUCGCCCAGCCGCUCGUCAACCAGAUUGUGCCUGACCGCGACCCAGUCGGCUUCAACGACGGCCGCUUCGUGUUCGGCUUCGGCAACGGCGCCGGGGCCGGCUCCGGCGCCGACAAGGACGAUCAGGCAGCGCCGGCGGCGACGGCGGCGGCGGCGGCGGUACCGGAGCGGCCGCGGCCCUGCACCACACCCCAGGGCGGCCGGGGCGAGUGCCGCGACCUCAGCGCCUGCCCGCAGCUGCUGCUCGACCUCGGCAACCUGCGCUCUAGCAUCUGCUUCCAGCAGAUAUUCGUGCCGGGCGUCUGCUGCCCCAGCGGGACGGCGUCGCCGGCGGCCGGCGCCUUUCCGGGCCUGGCCCGACCGACCACCACCCGGCGUCCGUUCACGCCGCGUCCGACGGCGAGUGGCCCGCUGUUACCGCUGAUCUCGUGA